AACAUAGUACAAAAGGUGAGCAACUCCAAAUUGGGUGAGGAAGUGAGGGGUGAGGAUAGCCAAAGAAACUGACCAUGUUCUGAUUGAAACUCCUCCUCUCCUCCCUUCUGCUCCUUCAAUCAAAACAAUGUCCAUUUCCAUGUCCUUGUUCUCUCCGUCAACCCAUCUCCCAACUCUCUCUCCCUCCUCCUCAUACCCAAAACCCCAUUUCACCCUCAAGCCUUGUCUCUCUCUCAGACCCAAGACCCCUCUCUUCACCACCAGAGCCUCAGCUGAAAAUGGUGCAGGAGCUGCUGCUGCUGCCACAGCUGUGGAGGCAGAGCCCAAGGUCCCCGAGCCGGUUGCGGCCAAGAGUGAGAGCUCUAAUGGGUCAGCUGGGCCGGCUGAGGAGGAGGUGAAGGUGGUCAGUUUGUUUGAGGACGCCAGAUGGGUCAAUGGGACUUGGGACUUGAAGCAGUUUGAGAAAAGUGGCAAGACUGACUGGGAUGCUGUUAUUGAUGCUGAGGCUAGGAGGAGAAAAUGGCUCCAGGAUAACCCAGAAUCGUCCAGUAAUGAUAACCCUAUACUUUUCGACACCUCAAUUGUACCUUGGUGGGCAUGGGUAAAGAGAUACCAUUUACCUGAAGCUGAGCUACUCAAUGGUCGUGCUGCCAUGGUAGGUUUCUUCAGUGCUUAUCUGGUUGAUAGCUUGACUGGAGUAGGCCUAGUUGAUCAAAUGGGCAAUUUUGUCUGCAAAACAUUACUGUUCGUAGCGGUGGCAGGAGUACUUCUGAUCCGCAAGAACGAGGAUGUUGAAAAACUAAAGAAGCUGCUGGAUGAGACAACGUUUUACGACAAGCAAUGGCAGGCAACCUGGCAGGAUGAGACUCCUGGCAAUCCCAAGUAGUAGUCUUGAGUUUGCCUUUUGAAAUUUGAACUAAGGCAGUUUUCUUGUGUCUUCCUUGUGUUACUGUAGUUUUUCUGUGCUAGAGGAUGAAAAUUGUAUCUCGACCAUUGUACUUUUGCUCAUAAAUUUAUUAGUAAAUGUCUGUUUACAAUGACAAA